AUGGACGAAAAGCACCAUGGCGUUGCCCAGCCCCCGUCGGUCCCAAUUAGUGAAGAAGCUCGAGAUGCCUCGAGCCUCGAGAAAGGAGACGCUGCAGUACCGGCAAACAUCAAUCCGCAAAUGUUUGUAGUUCAGGACGAAAAGGAGACUGCUCCGGUGGAGGGGAAUACGUCGGACUCAUCAAGCCCACAGACAUUGCUCGGCAAUGAAACCUACCCGGAAGGAGGUCGAGAGGCAUGGACCGUCGUAUUCGGGUCGUUCUGCGGCUUGUUCGCGUCUCUAGGCAUCAUGAACAUGAUAGCGAUUUUCCAGACCUAUACUGCCGCGCAUCAACUAUCUGAUUAUAGCGAGGGGACGAUAGGCUGGAUCUUUUCAGUAUACACCUUCCUCGCAUUCGGAUGUGGCAUCUAUAUCGGUCCUAUAUUCGACAAGUACGGGCCUAGAUGGCUGAUCCUACCGGGUGGUAUUGGCAUUAUCAUAAGCAUGAUGCUCAUGAGUAUAUGCACCCAAUACUGGCAUUUCCUACUCGUCUUCGGGAUCCUGAAUGGAGUUUGCACCUCCUUGCUGUUCACUCCUUGUUUCACAACCGUCGGCCACUUUUUCAAAGAGCGCCGUGGAACGGCCACCGGGCUCGCCAGCACCGGCGGCGGCGUAGGCGGCGUCAUCUUCCCGCUGAUGCUGAAUCAGCUGUUCCCGCGCCUGGGCUGGGGCUGGAGCGUGCGGAUCCUGGGCUUCAUCUGCCUGUUCCUCGUCGUCAUCUGCAACCUGCUGGUGCACCGGCGCCUGCCGCCGGCGCAGAACGCGAGCCCGCACCCGGACUUCCGCAUCUUCCGCGACCGGGCCUUCCUGCUGACCACGGCGGGCGUCUUCCUGCUCGAGUUCGCCCUCUUCAUCCCGCUGGCGUACAUCUCGAGCUACGCCCUCGCCGCCGGCUUCCCGCCCUCCUUCUCCUUCACCAUCCUCACCAUCCUCAACGCCGCCAGCAUCCUCGGCCGCUGCCUGCCCGGCCUCUUGGCCGACGUCAUCGGGCCCUUCAACUCGAACAUCAUCUCGGUCUUCAUCACCGUCGUCGCCUGCCUCGGCGUCUGGCUGCCCGCCGGCCACACGCUGCCGGGGAUCAUCAUCUUCGCCAUCCUGUUUGGCUUUGCCACGGGCAACAACAUCUCCAUCACCCCGGUGUGCGUGAGUCGCCUGUGCCACAUCAGCAAUUACGGUCGAUAUUAUGCUACUUGCUACACAGUGGUCAGCAUUGCGUGCUUGAUCGGCAUCCCGAUCGGAGGCGCGGUCCUGUCGGCCUGUGGCGGCGACUACUGGGGCUUGAUUCUGCUCACGGGGCUUGUCGAGGUGCUGAGUCUGAUUGCGUUCAUCGCGGCCAAGGUGGUGAGCGUGGGUUGGAAGCCUUGGGUGAAGUUUUAA